AUGAACCAGUCCAUACCAUUUCAAGUGGAGCCAGACGGGCGAGUGCGACUGCGGGAACCGGUGGACUAUGAAAAGCGUGCUGAAUAUGACAUCCCAGUUCGUGCCACUGAUGGCGAAUUUGUCGCCUCAGCUCGACUACAUGUGAUUGUUUUGGACAUUAAUGAUGAACCACCAAAGUUCACUGUGAAUCCGACAAACAUAUCCGUGGAGGAGAAUCUGCCCCCCAACAUACUCGUUGGACAGGUGAGAAUCAAGGCAUAA